CGUGGCCUCAGUCUCGUACCGACGUCCGCGCCGAUCACUCGUCCUCUGCGUCGCGUGAAACAGUCUUUAUUUUACUGCCGCAGAUUCUGGUGCGCGCGUCGUCGCCGCGAGUGCAUUUUGGUUUUGCCGUCGUGCGUAUUCCUCAGUGCAUGUACAUUUACACACGUUUAGAUUUCUGGAUUACUGUAUGAUGUCCGCAAGCCGAUAACGCAGGGCUUAUUAAAAGACAAAACGCAAUUAUGAUGUUCCUCAUAUUUUUGGUGGUAGCGUGCGUUAAAGGUCACCAAAUCGAACCAGGACACCAUGUUAUACCAUAUAAAGAUGUAAUGUCAACGGCCAACACGUUUUCGGAAGAUGGAGUGACAUCGUACUCACAGCUGUUAUUCGACAUAGCCAGAAAACAAGUGGUAGUCGGUGCGAGAGACAACAUAUACCGUCUAGACUUGGACGAUUUAAAAAAGAUCGAGGCUGCCCGAUGGCCGGCUGCUGAGGAAAAAGUGCAACUGUGUCUGGUAAAAGGUCAGAGUGUUGACGACUGUCACAACUACGUCAAAGUACUUCUGUCCACUGGAAAACGGCUUUUCGCGUGCGGAACCGGAGCUUUUUCACCACAAUGCACGUGGAGAGAGAUGGAAAAUGCCAACAGCGUGACCGACACCGUACGUGGGGUGGGCAAGUGUCCGUACAGUCCGUUGUCUAACAUCACAGCCAUGAUCACGCUCAACGGCCAGUACUUUGCCGGUAGCCCGAUGGACUUUUCUGGUGCAGACUCGGCCAUCGUUCGGGACUUAGGAGCUUCGUACUUGCGAACGAAGAACUACGAUGCCAAAUGGCUAAACGAGCCUCAGUUCGUUGGAUCGUUCGAGACUGACGCCUAUGUGUACUUUUUGUUCAGAGAAAGUGCGGUGGAGUACAUAAAUUGUGGCAAGAGGGUGUACUCGAGAAUUUCAAGAAUGUGCAAAAACGACGUGGGUGGACAAACUAUGCUUCGAGAUAAUUGGACCACGUUUAUUAAGGCUCGUUUAAACUGUUCUUUACCCGGUGACUAUCCAUUUUAUUUUGAUGAAAUACAAGGUAUGACAUAUCUACCGGACGAAGGAUUGGUGUACGCUACAUUUACUACACCUAGCAAUGGUAUAGCUGGAUCGGCAGUAUGCAGUUUUAAUCUUACCGCUAUUAACGCAGCGUUUAACGGACCGUUCAAACACCAAGCCAGCGUUGGUUCGGAGUGGGUAAGAUAUAAUCCACCACAUCAACUCAACCACGGACACUGCCAAAGACAGGAUCCAAAUCAGAUACUUGACUCGUCGAGAUACCAAUUGAUGGACAACGCAGUACAGCCCACCACAAUGGACCCACUAUAUUAUAAGCCAUUAGAAAUUCUAACUCACAUUGCUGUCGACGUCGUACCGACCAAACCGCAUGGAUCUUUAAAAGUCUUAUACGUGGCCACGACUGAAGGAACGGUGAAAAAGAUUACUAUUCUACCGAAGUCUUCGGUCACGUGCACACUGGAAGAAUGGAAAAUAUUUCCUGAGGGUUCCGGUUCCCAAAUCAUGGCGUUGCAUUAUUUGAAAGUCACGGAUUCGAUAUACGUAGGCACUCGUGAUCGGGUGUUGAAAAUACCGGCCCAGCACUGUGGCCGGCACCGGAGCAAGGAAGCGUGCAUGAACGCGAUGGACCCCUAUUGCGGUUGGAACGAGCAUGUCGACAAGUGUCAACCACCGACAAACGGUAAUAUCAUGGAACAUAAUUGGCGACAGGACGUUACCAAGUGUCCGGACCGGUCUAGGCCGAUCGACGGUGGUUGGUCCAGCUGGUCGACAUGGAGUGCGUGUACGCAAAACGUUAACGGCAAAGAGUCCACCGACCAAUGCUUGUGUUCGAGCAGAACAUGCACGAACCCCGAACCCAAGUACAACGGAGCUGAUUGCCAAGGUCCUACCAUACAGGUGACUAAUUGCACUGUACACGGACAAUGGUCUAGUUGGUCCGACUGGUCAGCGUGUACGCAAAGUUGUGGUUCUGCUGUGAAAGUCAGAAAAAGGACUUGUGGAAAUCCGGCGCCAGCGUUUGGCGGUCGCGUGUGUGUAGGGCGCGAUACUGAUGAAAUGUUUUGCCAUUCGAAUCCACCUUGUCCAGUUUCACCACCUGUCGUAAAAGAACCAGGUUGGAGUGCCUGGGGUACGUGGAGCAAAUGCUCGGCUAAGUGUGGUGGAGGCAUUCGGCAAAGGUCGCGGUACUGUAACAACCCGCCGCCACAGGAAGGACAGGAUUGUAUCGGGUGUUCCGAAGAGUACGAACUAUGUAACCAGAAACCGUGCACGGAUAGUAUAAAAAAGAUAUCAGCUUGGACACCUUGGGUAUCCGUAGGCAACGACACUCAUAAAAGAUACAGGUUCUCGUGUAGAACGCAGCCAGACAUUUCGGGAUUAAGCAUUAUGCAGGACAAAGAAGAAAGUAGAUUGUGCCAAGAUGGUUCGUGUCACAGACUUGAUCAACCAUCUGAUUCAGAAGACUCGUGGUCAGAAUGGUCAUCGUGGUCCGCUUGUUCUGCUGAUUGCGGUGGUGGUGUACAAAUCAGGACUCGAACCUGUGAAGGUCCUUUAGAUAAUUGUGAGGGACAAAACACACACACCAGGCCUUGUAAUACACAUCAAUGCAAAGGAGAAUGGAGUUGUUGGACGGACUUUGGUGAAUGUUCUGUGACUUGUGGUGAAGGCGUCAGAACUCGCACGCGAACUUGCAUGAUGAAGGGUAUGUCUACCGAAGGAUGCGAAGGGCCUUCUGAAAGCCAAGAACCGUGUUACAUGCCUUGUCAUGACAUGGAUAUGGGCUGGGGAGACUGGUCAGAGUGGUCGGUUUGCGAUAAGGAAAACCAAAAACAUCGGACGCGAAAAUGUACUUUUGACCAUUGCUUCGGGCCCGACAUUGAAUCUAUUCCUUGCUUUGAGAAAAACGAGAUCGGUAAGCAUAAUAUCGGCACUUAAAAUAAAUAUGUACCA